ACAGGCCACAUGCUUUACUUCUCCAGGCAUAAACCGUUAUUUGUGAAGGUAAAUGACAUGAUGCUCCCAAGAGCACAAUAAUCCCUCAGCGGAACAUCAGGUGCAUCACACACAUUAUGAUGCUCCCAGAUUUCAAGAGUUACCUUCGUGGCUGGAUGGGUCAUAAUGCAGCCCAGCUGACAGUAUUAGAAAUGAGGGGGCAGAUUAAGCCAAGAAGGCAGGGAGACAUGAGCAGGAGAACAGAGACUCGGCCCCAGGAGAGCUAAGCACAGCCAGCUUUAUACACCAAGGGUUGAUCCUAGAUUACUUUGUCAUUGGUAAACAGUUAAAAGCACCUGCCUACCAGCCACAUGAACUGGGACACACAGCUCAACUCCAUACUGACUGCAACAGACAGCAACGUGGCUAAAAUAAAGCAGCGUCUGAACACAACCAGCAUCUCUUCCAAAGUGGAUUUGCUGCUUGACAGAAUAAACACUGAGAAAGUUGCAUUUGAUGAGUCUCUGGCUGGAUCUCAGCACCCGUGUCCUACCUGCCUAAGUCUUCCACGCUGCAGGAUGGCAACAGAGGAGCUUGCAGCCAUCAGCAGUCAGCUGCAUUCACAAGCUAAGGUCAUUGAGUCCCUCACCCAGUCGGUAAAUCGACUGAAGCAGGAGAAGGAGCUCCAGCAGCAGCAGAUCCAUCAUCUGGAAGAGGAGGUUGGUCGAUUGCAUAACAGCCCUCAGAGUGGCUUGGAGUCCCUGCUGGGGCGGAGAAUGGAAGGGCUGAAAAGCGAGCUUCGUAACUUGCGACAGCAAGUGUUUCACCAGCCGGAUGGAGAUUGCACCCCGGAUCUGUAUCCCAGCUCCAGCGUCAUGCAGGAGGUGCAUGAGAGCAAAAAGCUCCUGUGGCGAGAAUAUGAGUGUGUGAGGAGAGAAGUGGAGCAACUGAAGCACAAGCUCAACCGACAGGAGGAGGAUCUAGUCAAUCAGAUGUCUGAAACUGAUGAAAUGAAGAGAACUCAAAGUCGAUACUGCAAGAUGCUGGAAGAUUUGAUGAACAGUCACAAAACUCAAUCUGAUGACUUGGACAAAGCCAGGUUGGAGACGCGGAGCACCCAGCAGGAGCUCGGCCACAUCAGAUCCACGGUCACUGACCUGAAAGACCAAAUGAAAAAUCUGCCCUUGGAAGAGAAGUCAUACACUAAGCCCGUAGGAAAGGAAAGUGCUUAUGGGAUGGAAAGCAAUGAUUUGUCGAGAGAAGAGGAGAUAUUUUCUUCCUCCCUGAGUGAUGAUUCUGCCUCUGAGCUCAGUCUCACAGAUGUCAGCUCUGACGAGCUUUCUAGUGCCACAGAGAUUAAGGAGCCUGAAGGAUCCCAAGACCUCUCCACCCCAAGCCUGGAGCUGGAGGACAGCACCCCCAAGGAGGAGGCUGGAAGCAUGUCGGAUGAGGACCUCAGCAGUGACCUGUUUGACAGUCUGCCUGAACUUAAUCUGAGUGAUCUUUAAUGCUUAGCCAAAGAAAGCCCCCUUCUGUCAAAUAAGAAAAAUUAAAGAUGGAAAGGGAAUUGGCGUCUCAAAA